CUUUGUAAUUAAUCUUGCUAGUGGAAUCUCUUUGCCCCUAAGCUCUCGGCACUACUCGGCUAUCACUCGCAUUUACCUACACCUACCGCGACAAUGAACGCCUUUCUAGAACGAUGUCCACCUGCUUACGUUGAGGUUCUCGGCAGCUUCGGCGUUCAAGUGGGAUAUUUCGCUUGUGGGAUCAUCAUGGAAAAGAUGCGACCUGCUUACGUCAACGCAACAUCUCGUGAAGUUCUGAACAAGAGCCUUAUGAACCACGUCAUGUUGAAUUCCCUCCACGUCGCUAUAGCAACUUGCAUGGGAAGCAAUUCGGUGUUGUCGAAAGGAUAUCCCGAAGGAUACCAGCUGCCGUCGUGGACCGAACUCACAUCUCAGCUGGCGAUCGGUCUAGUGUUGCGGGAUGCUGUAUUUUGGAUCCUCCACCGACUCUUACACAUUCCUGGACUGUAUAGAGUGCACGCGAAGCACCAUGAGAUCAAGAACCCAGGCGACCAUCACGUCUUCACCAUCAGCUACAUGUCUGUUGCGGAUUUCUUCUUUUUGUACGCAGUUCCGAUAGCAUCCGUCUCAAGAUUCUUGGAGAUGAAGCUCGUCACAGCUUUGACUUUCUCUUUUAUUUCUGCAACGGCGGAGCAGGUUAAGCUUGUUUGGGGAGACGAAGCCCAUGACGAGCAUCAUGUGAAUGGGGCGGUCAAUUUCGGAGCAUACGGACUCAUGGACUGGGUUUGUGGAACUAGCGCUUGAAGAAGUCCGUGACACGUGGACGAAUGAACGCAUAGCGACCCGCUGUGGGGUGUGCAAUGCCGAUCCGUUUUGCCGUGCUUUUGAGAAUCUAGACCAUGGACGAUUUCAAAGACGAUGGUCGUCAUGUUGUGUUAUUGAGUAAUUACUUGGUAGUUUGAUCCGUGUAUGCCAGCAAGUUUUUGAUCAAGUACUUUUA